CAACCUACUAUGCUUCUUACUGAAACCGAAGCUGAACCGCGCUAUUCGAAUCCGGCGCUAUGUCGGUCGGUCAGUCCGGGACGGAGUUGUCUUUUGGUGUUAUUAAAGAUAUUCUAGAAGACCCGUCAGGCUUUUCUCUAGCUAAACUGAAGGCAACUGCAGAGGCUAUUGAACUAAAGUUAAAAUUUAAUCUUAACUAACAAAAAUUCAGAGAUAAAAAAAGUUUGAUUGAUGUUGCUUUACGGGGACGUAUGCUGUGUCUACUUGCCUCAGACUCCAUGGACGAUGUGAAAACGCUUUUAAAAAUGGGUGUUGCGGCGGCCUUAGCAAAUUUGUGCUCUGCGCCGACUCCAUUUUUGUUAUUCGCGGAUGUUUUUAACACCAAACCAAUAUCGCUUUGUGAAGAAAUGUUUGGAUUUAUGGAGGAAACAAUCAUCACUUUGAAGGAUGUACCCUUAUUUGCUUCAGGAAGAAAUACAUUAUUAAGAAUGUGUAAUGACCUACUUAGACGCCUGUCAAAGUCACAGAAUACUGUUUUUUGCGGCCAAAUUCAACUCUUCUUAACGCGUUUAUUUCCAUUAGAUGAAAAGUCUGGACUAAAUUUUAUGAGCAACUUUAAUUCAGAAAAAGAUGUGCUGUACAACAAAAAUCCCGACCCAAGUGCUUUCAAGCAUCAGGUGUCGCACGAUCAUACAUCUGAUGAUUUGGAAGAGGGGGAGAUGACUGAUUCAUCUACUCCCUUAGAAGUGGAUGCCGGUCUCUAUGUCAAAUUUUGGUCUCUUCAGGAGUUCUUUAAGUCUCCGGCUUUGUGUUACGAGAAAGCUAAGUGGAUGCGUUUCACAAGUAGCACAGACACAGUGUUAGAUGUGUUUUCGAGUAUUAAACUAAUGGCAAUAGAAGAAGGUGAUAUUUGCUCUCAGAGUAGCAGCGGAACGUUUUCCAAGUACCUUACAAGCGAGAAACUGCUAGAUUUGCAACUUAUGGAUCCUAGUUUCCGGCGGUAUAUACUUGUUCAGCUACUAAUCCUGUUUCAAUAUUUAACAACUACAGUUAAAUUUAAGACAAUUGACCAAGUACUUAGUGAGGAUCAGCGCGCUUGGGUUAAUCAAAGACAUGAAGUAGUGUUACGACUGUUAUCCUCUAAUAGUCCAAACAAUUCUUCGGGUGGUACGUUUGUUUCUACAGUAGAACGCAUUCUGGAACGUGAAAGUUAUUGGAAUAAAUGGAAGAACGAUGGAUGCCCUUCAUUCGUACGAAAUCCUGAAAAAUCUAGGUUAUCUGUUAGGAAAAGGCAUAUAAACCCCUUAGUUACUCGUACUGGUCAGAAAGUUUAUCGUUUUGGUAAUCGAGAGCUAGAUAAAUUAUGGAAUGUAUGUCCGGAUAAUUUAGCUGCUUGUCGGGACAAACGGCGAGUUUUCAAUCCAGAUCUUCAUUCCUAUUUUCAAGAUGCUAUCAUGGAAAUGGACCCAGCGGAAAAAGUUGAAGAGGAAUACAAAUCGAUUAAUAAAGAUGAAUGGAGCUGGCGCGCUCUUCGUUUUCUUUCAAGAAAGUGUCCACAUUUUUACAUCAACUGGAACCCACCUGGACGACCUGUAAAGGACUAUUUAUCAGUUAUUCUCACUGAGAAAAUUCAAUCUGAGGAGGAUAAAAAGGGUCCCACUAUUAAUGUUUCUGAUUGUGACAAUCGUCGUGGCUCUGAUGGCAGUACUGGCGACUCCAUACCCAAUAAACAACCUAAACUGGAAGAAUCAGUUGAUUCAACAAUACUAGAUUCUACUGUAAAGUCUUCCAGCUUGUCACGUACCCGAUCAGUUCCGAAUACCAAGCAGUUACAGGAACAUACCUUAACUAAAGGUCAAACAAAUGCCAAGUCAUAUGGUAGCCCAAUGAGAACUCGGUACCGUGAUACAUUAACAGCAAAUAUUACUCGCUAACUGGUCGGAGAAAUCACAGUGGAUGGAGUUGAUACAGACUCAGGGAGUGAUAAUGAUGCCAACGGUGAAAAUGAUAGUGAAUCUGAUUCCAUUACUGAAUAACUGUGUGCAUCAGAACAUUGUGUUUGUAAUUAUAGAUCAAAAUUUUGUUUCAACAUUUAUAAGUAGUAUAUGUAGCUAUGCAAAAAUAAAUUUUUUGUUUCGCUUCUUUUUUUUAAUUCCCUCGUGUUUUUAUAAACUUGUGUCUUUAUUUUUCCAUCUAUUCACGCCUAGAAACAGCCAUUGUGAAUAUUUUUCAUGUUUGUGAAUAAAUGUGUAUAUUUAUCAA